AAAGGUAGAUCAUUGAAAUGAAACACUGUCCCUUUAAGAGAAACGUCCACAUCAGUUCCGUCUCCUUUUUUCUUUACAUUACACUCAGUGCGCCUGGAGGGAGAUCUGGUCUUCUGAAGAUCCAUACAAUUUCCACCUUCACUGAAGCCACUCCCACAAGAAUUCCCCAAUAAAUACUGUGAAUAUUCCCACUAUCCUACAAGAGAAGUGCUUCAGACCAGCAGGAAGAACUCCAGGUGCAACAACUGAAAUCUGUGUGAUAUAAUAUGGAAAAAUUUGAGGACAUGAGUGAUCCAGAAUCGUGCAGAAUGAAACAUGAAGAUAUUGAGGAACAAAGAGACAUGAUGGAAUGGCAAGAGGGACAUCAAGACGAGAAACAUCAUUACAUCAUAACAGGAGACAGCGAUUUUAGUUGCUCAGAGACUUUGCAUUUCUCACAUGAAACAGAAGCUGAAAACUCUUUGAUCUGCAUUCAGUGUGGAGAGACUUUUGCAUGUCAAGACAACCUUGAGAUGCAUUUAACAAUUCACAUUAGAGAGAGACCUUACGCGUGCCUUCACUGUGAAAAGAGUUACACAUGUAAAGCACAUCUCAAUAGACACAUGAGAAUUCACACUGGAAAGACACCUUACACAUGUCCUCUGUGUGGAAAGAGCAUCACACAAAAAGAAAACCUUAAGAUUCACAUGAGAGUUCACACCGGAGAGAAGCCUUAUAUGUGUCUUCAGUGUGGGAAGAGUUUUGCACGUAAAGAAGGCCUUAAGGUUCAUAUGAGAACUCACACAGAAAUCACAGAGAAGGGUUUCAUCUGCCCCGAGUGUGGAAAGUGCAUCUCAAAAAAAGAAAACCUUAAGAUUCACAUGAGAAUUCACACCGGAGAGAAGCCUUACACAUGCCCCCAGUGUGGACAGGGGUUUGUAUGUCAAAAAAAUCUUAGGAAGCACAUGAAGAUUCACAGCGGAGAGAAGCCUCACGCAUGUCAUCUUUGUGAAAAAAGUUUCUCCGAAAAAACAAAUCUCAAAUAUCACAUGCGCAGUCACUCUGGUGAAAAGCCAUUUAAGUGCGAUCAGUGCGGUAAACGUUUUACAACGACAUCACGUCUGACAACACACCUGCAAGUUCAUACAAAUGAGAAGCCGCACUGGUGUUCUGAUUGUGGAAAGUUUUUUUCACGAUUGGACAAUUUGAAAGAUCACCAGAAAAGACAUGCUGGUGUAAAAGAUCAUGUGUGCUCUGAGUGUGGGAAGGCCUUUACUUCAGCCAGCCAACUGAAUAAGCACAGGAGAAUUCAUACUGGAGAAAAACCUUACAAGUGCCCACAUUGUGAAAAGUGCUUCAGUUGGCCAGAAAACGUGAAAAUACAUCAGAGAGUGCAUAAUAGAGAGAAACAAUUCCAGCAUUCGGUUUCAUCAGAAUAAUCCGAGUCUUUGCACCCAUUUAGAAAAAACAUUGUCAAAUGUUGUCACUAGGGAUGCACGGAUGUAUCGGACACCAAUAUUUAUCGGUCAAUUACAUUUACAUUUAUGCAUUUGGCAGUCGCUGUUAUCCAAAGCGACUUGCAGUGCAUUCAAGGUAUACAUUUGAUCAAUUUUGUGUGUUCCCUGGCUGGGAAUUAAACCCAUGAUCUUGGUGUUGCUAGCACCAUGCUCUGCCAGUUAAGCUACAGGAGACACAUUUUUGACCAAUUUAAAAUCAUCGGUCAUAAAAUGCUGAUAUGAAAAAUCCAUUAUUUAUUUAUAAUUUAUUUUGUGCAUUUAUUGCUUUGUAUACAGUUUACAAUAAUUUUUUCUAUAUGUAAUAUAAAUAAAUACAGAACAAAAAAUAUCAGUCCAUAAUAUAUCUGCAAGCGGCAAUUAUCGUGGUCCAAGUAGUUUGGAAAGGUGGAGAAAAUGACCAUAAUUGCCACAUUUUAAGGAACAGAUCUGUCAGAGGCAAUUAAGUAAUUUCAUUACUUCGCCAUUUUGAGUUUUCUUUACAUUUUAAUUUUUUUUUGCAUGUAUACCAUCUAGAGACCGCAUGACAAAAAGUUAUCAAAUUCAUUUCGACUUAUAAUUUAAAAAAAGAAGCAUUGUUAUGACCAAGUUAGUGUAUAUUUCUCAGACAUUUCCUUGUCUUUCUGGAAAAUGAUUAUUGUUAACAUAAGGUGAAAAUAAAGAUUCCUAUGAUCCCUCUUUUGCAAUUAUGAACUAUGACUGGUUGA